AUGCAUCACUUUGCAUUAUCUUCAUCUUCUGGCACUGACGCCCUCUUCAUCUUCUCCUUUCCAUUGCCGUGCAUGUCGAAGCACACACGGGACGACAUGCCAUCUGAACAAGCGGUGCUGCACCUCAGCGCGGCCAGCAGGCUUGCCCCACAGUGUGAAGACCACUUGGACACCAAGGACUUCAUCGCCUUUGUCCUCCAACUCGUCACUGGCGGGCAGCGUCGCCCUUCACUAACGAUCGCCGGCAGGCGGGAUGAGACCCAUGAGACUGCGGUCCUGGCGAUGCCCGAUCCACCUGUGCAAGCUCAGAACGGUAACAGACACGCGAUGGCAUCCAUCGUUUUGCGUGUCAAAGUGUUGAGACGGCAACCUGACCCGCACCUCACUCGGAACAUCGACGUGCAUGCCAGUUUCGUGGCUACGACGCCUAGGCCCGCUUUGUCUGAGAGCAUCCGCCCGCUCUGGUCCCUCACUGUCACCUUUCUUGACAAUCUUGCCGCAGACGACAGUGAAGAGAGUGACACGUAUGGUCGUCUCGACACUUAUCCGAAGUAUUCUGCAGGGUUCACCUACAUCGACAAGAUCUUCAACCACUUGAUGCAUGGACAUCUCACCAUCUACGACAGCUGCAUCAGGAUCAGUCACAUUGCUCGGAGCAUGCCUGCGGCAGUAAAAUUUUCAUUCAGCCCUGCGACCAUCCCAGGCGCCUCCCGUGCCGUCAGUUUGACCCAGCCCAGCCACGGUGCACCUUGCGGCAGCCUCAUGGCGAUGGAAACUUUCCUUCGAUUGCAAUCGGCGAGUUUCAAUCGCGAACCCCAGGACCCGGGCGCUAUCGCCACGGACUGUGGAUUGUACACAGGUGAAGAAACAAUCGUAUGGAAGAAGAUGACUGCUAGGUUCGAGAUGGCAAGCGCGCUCCCCUCCGGGGAGGCGAUGUUGCUGGGAGGCUUGAGAUGGCUGGUGGACCACCAGUCCUCUGCUUGCUCAGAGGACACCAACCAGGGGACGGUAUGGACAGCCCACCCUCGCACGUGUCGGCGCAUCGGCGUCGACACUCGGCCGGGGAAUAUGUCGGCCCGGGGGCACAGUGGGCGCAAUGGGGGGUGGUGUUGCAGCACGCCCGGCCGCACACGGUCGCUGCAACACCACACCCCAGCCAUGGAGAGCCCACAAGUGAACCUGGCGGACGCCCUCGGGCUGACAAUCGACCACGGCAAAUUUCCCGGCACCAUCAGCGGCAUCCCUGGCCGCUUGAGGCACGCCACCCGGGAGUCCAAGUCCGAGCGCGCUGGCGCAGUCCGAGAGAUGAUCCAGCAACAGAACCCGCGCCGCCUCAUCCUCUACACAGACGGCUCCCAAAUGCCGUUCAGCCGGAUGGAGUGGAACAUCGAGACCAACACGAUGACGGAGAAGUGGUAUGCCAAGGUGGGCAUUGCGGUGGGAUGGCAGGAGCAGAACCGGACCACCGGGAGGAUGGACUGGAUGGAGAAGACGCAAGACAUGACGGAUGUCCUCCUCCGCGGGACUUGGAAAACCGACCGCAUGGAAUUCGAGGCGGUGAGGUGCGCGAUCGCGAACGUGGCGACGUCCAUCCACAAGGGCAUCAGCCCGAAGGCAGACGAGCGAGGCUACCGCAUCGGAGCCCACUCCAACCCGUGGGUCGAGACUGCCGGCCCCAACAUGACGAAAAUCACCCUGAUCACCGACUCGGACAACGCGCUGAAGUUUAUCGAAAACCCGACAAAGCCGUUGCGCAAGCACCGCGCCUUUUGUGGAGCCGAGUUCCCUCUGCGCCGCCUCAACGUGGCGGCUGAGGAGCUGGUCUCCCAAAACGUCAGCGUGGAGUUGAUCUGGUCACCGAAAAACACGACGUUUGGCAGCAUCUGGGCCGACUGCUGGGCAAAGAUUGCCAGGGGCGCCGACCCGUGGAAUGAAUUGAGGCAAGAGCUUCUCCACGAAAGCGAGAGGAAGGCCCAUUGGCGGCUUUGGUGGAAGGAGAUGUUUGCUCAGGGCCGACAGGGAGAGUUUUACUGA